GUAUGACAAACGCAUGCGUACCGGCACGGUCAAAAUCUGGCCACCAUAAAACCGACAAAUAUUUGCGAGAACAGCAUGAACCACAGAUGACCACAGACCAACAAAUGCUGUGAACGACCCAGUGAACAUUGCUGAACGUGUGAACGAUUCCGUACUCGUGAGAGUCGUGCUUAUAUAUAAUACUCUCUGGAUAUACUCAGCUGCAAUCGGACAGUUCGCCUCGAGUACGCUAGUGUUGGCAAGGCAAGCGUAUUCGCCAUCGCUAAUAUUUUGUGACAUUGAGUUGAAAGAUCCCUUGUCUUUUUUCACGACGUCUAUUAAAAUUUCUAUGAUAAUAAUGUGAAAAAAUUGUCAAUGUGAUUUAAGUGAAGUGAGUGUGUGCAUGGUCUAGUACUUAGUGUAUUAAUGACAGUUCUUGUCACCUGUUCGGGCAGCAAGUGCGAAAAGGACACGUUUUCGUGGGAGCGAUAAGACAAGUUUUUGCUGAAGUGUGAAAUUAUAGACUAGAUCCGACCGAAGGUUACUUAUCGAGUCGGACCACAGAAAGUACGUGCAAGAACAUAGUCGAAGGAAAUCCUAACCUCUGUAUGCUUAAAGUCAGGGUACCUUCAAAGAUCGUUCGGUUAUAAAGUUUUCAUAGCGACAUAAAUUUUAUUUCACGCCAGUGAAGGUAGGCGAGACAGUUUCGUGAAAUCUCUUACUGAUAUAUAUUACUUUCUUCCUAGAGUUCUCUUGAAAUUGUUAGAAUAGCGUGAUCUCUAAUCGCUUCGUGCAACUCGGGGAUAUUUUAUCUCUUGAAAUCAGUACGGCUCAUCAGGAAGAUAAUGCACCGUGACUGACAUCCUUUACUUGGGGGAAAAAAUUGGAGUGUAAAAAUGAAGUGUGUAAGAUACGAGUGUUGGGCGAAACGUGCUGCAUUGGUAUUGCUUAUAGUCUCAUUUGUAUCGUUAGUAACGGCUGAGAAGGAACCUAUUGAAGAGGAAGGCCGAACAGAUGCGAUUAAAAAUGGAGACAAAACAGAAGCAAGUACCUUAUCACCUGUUGGAGGAAACUUGGGAUUCAUUCAUGCAUUUGUUGCAUCUAUUUCUGUUAUUAUUGUAUCAGAACUUGGGGAUAAAACCUUCUUCAUUGCUGCUAUUAUGGCCAUGCGUCAUCCACGACUCACUGUGUUUGCAGGUGCCAUGGGUGCAUUGGCCCUCAUGACAGUUUUGUCAGCUGUAUUUGGUUGGGUGGCUACUGUAAUUCCUCGAGCUUACACCUACUACAUUUCCACGGCUCUCUUUGCAAUUUUUGGUUUGAAGAUGUUAAAAGAUGGGUAUUACAUGUCUCCAAAUGAAGGUCAAGAAGAACUAGAAGAAGUUCAAACAGAACUUCGGAAGCGGGAAGAUGAGUAUGAAAAUGAGACAAGAACAUCUACAACUGAUGUUGAAAGUGGAGCGAGGAGAAAUGCCAAGGCGAAGACAAGUGUAUUGUCUUUCAUUUCACGAAUUUUUAUUCAAGCUUUUACGUUAACAUUCUUGGCUGAAUGGGGCGAUCGAUCACAACUUACCACUAUUAUUCUUGCUGCACGCGAGGAUGUUGUUGGAGUUACUGCAGGAGGUAUAGCUGGUCAUGCCUUGUGCACUGGCCUGGCUGUAUUGGGAGGUCGACUUAUAGCUCAGCGUAUCUCUGUGAGAACCGCAAUGCAAACAAAAUUUAUGCUGUCAUUCAUUGUUAAUUUGUUCAGUAUUUUAAUAUAUGACAAUAAAACUUAUUCAUAUUUUACAAUUAAAAAAAAUUUGUAUUGUGUACAAGAUCUUGCUGUCCUAAUAAAUAAUUAUUAA